AUGGACAGACCCCUAAGCAGCAGCAGCAGCAGCAGCAGCAAGAAGAGCAGCAGCAGCAGCAAGAAGAGCAGCAGCAGGCGCCAGUUGGAAGCAAGUUCAGUGCAGCAGCCGUCUUCGCUGCUGCAGCAGCAGCAGCAGCUGCUGCUGCUGCUGCAGCGCCGUGCUUACCCGUUGGGAGGCCUGCAGAGUGCCGCAGGGGCCCUCAGGAAGCUCGCGAGCGCCAGCAGCAGCAGCAGCAGCAGCAGCAGCAGCAGCAGCAGAGGCUCUGCUGCUAGCAGCAGCAAGCUGCGAAGCAGCAGCAGCAAAAGGGAAAAAGAAGAAAGCAAGAAAGCCUGCAGCUCAGCUGUACGUACACCCCAAUCCCAGGGGGCCCUGGGGGGCCCCACAGCCGACACUCGAGCCCGCAGUCUGCUGCUGCAGGGGGCCCCUCUAAAUAGGAGAAAAAAGCAAAAAGCAGCAGCAAAUAGAAGCAGCAGCAGCAGCAGCAGCAGCAGCAGCAGCAGCAGCAGCAGCCUUCUGCUCCCCGCGCCGCUGGACCUUCAGUUCAUAGUUCUGCUUCCGCGCGCGCUGCCGUCGAUUUAG